UGCGCACUUGAUUGUUUUGACUGAAAAUGCCGUCGGUUUCGAAAACGGCGGCCAAUGCGUCUCCUCAAACAGAGAAACCUACCCACUAUACCUACUUGAAGGAGUUUAGGACCGAGCAGUGCCCGCUGUUCCUGCAGCACAAGUGCACCCAACACAGACCGUUUACGUGUUUCCACUGGCACUUUCUCAACCAGAGGAGGAGGAGACCCAUCAGGAGGAGAGACGGAACUUUUAACUACAGCCCGGACGUCUACUGCACCAAGUACGACGAGACCACUGGCAUCUGCCCCGAUGGAGACGAUUGUCCUUAUUUACACCGGACCACAGGCGACACUGAGCGCAAGUACCACCUCCGCUACUACAAGACAGGCACGUGCAUCCACGAGACGGAUGCCCGGGGUCACUGCGUGAAGAACGGCCUCCACUGUGCAUUUGCUCAUGGCCCGCAUGAUCUCCGGCCUCCCGUCUAUGAUAGCAGAGAGAUCCAAGCACAAGAGGCGCUCCAGAAUGGACAGCUAGGCUCUGGUGAAGGCAUUCCUGACCUCCAACCCGGUGUGUUAGCCAGCCAAGCCAUGAUCGAGAAAACCCUAACUGAAGACCCCAGGUGGCAAGACACGAACUUUGUUUUAGCCAACUAUAAAACCGAGCAGUGCACCAAGCCGCCCAGACUUUGCAGACAGGGCUACGCUUGUCCGCACUACCACAACAGCCGUGACCGCAGACGCAAUCCACGCAAGCACAAGUACAGGUCGACUCCGUGCCCCAAUGUGAAGCAUGGCGAUGAAUGGGGCGAGCCCUCCAAGUGUGACAGCGCCGACACUUGCCAGUAUUGUCACUCGCGCACAGAGCAGCAGUUCCAUCCAGAGAUCUACAAGUCCACCAAAUGCAACGACAUGCGGCAGACAGGCUACUGCCCCAGAGGGCCUUUUUGUGCAUUUGCACACGUAGAAAGGAUCCCCUCCACAGAGGAGACCAUGAGCUCGUUGCUGACGGCGAUACAGUCCAGUUCGCAGCCUCUUCUCGGCUCUCAGCAGUAUCCCGAGUGUCCGGUGGGCGAGUGGACGACCGGAUGCUCCAACAGCAGCAACGGCCAAGUGACUCAAAACACUGUAUUCAACGCGGUGAACCCCCUGGCAUCCAGCUUCACCUCCAGCAUAACGUCCAGCUUGGCUUCGAGCAUCGGCUCAGACAGUUCCUCCCCCACAACCUUGUCCACCAUGAACGCGAAGGCCACGCCUUUCUACCCAGGGAGCAACACGGUGGAGUCAGUCAUCGGAUCCGCUCUGGACCUCAACUUUAGCGAUAUUAAUGUGGCGUCUCUCGACAAGGAGCUAGAAGAACAAGACAAUCACGUUGGGCUGGAAAGUCAAAGGGUGCUCGGCAGCUCGGCCCCCGUCAACAUUCCCGGCUCGCUGGCGCGUUCGUCCUCCUUCAAUUCCUCCUCGUCGCUGUCCACAUCCCCGCUGAGCUCCCUCUCGCAGUCCCUGUCGCAGUCCUUGCUGUCCGGGGCCGUGUCGCAGCAAAACCACACCGCUAGCAUGCUAGCCAAGCCAGAGCAUGGCCUGCUGGGAACGCCCACGUCCUCUUCCCAGAACUCCUUAGGCCUGAACGGCGCAGGCAACAUCUGGGACUUUGUGAGUGGCAGCUUCUCGCCGAGUCCGUCACCGGUCUUCAGCAGCCUGACGUCGGCAAGCAGCGGUGGAAGUGUUGACGUGGCGCGUCUCUUCCGGGAACUGGACGAGGCCAAGAAGAAGAUUAAGCAGUGGGAGGAGGCCUGGCACCAGGUCAAACAGGCUUACGAGGCCUGUCAGAAAGACGCCCGUGAAGCGAAGGAACAAGCUAAGACGGCGGAGGCGGAGCGACAGCUGGCCGAGCAGAAGUGGGAGGAGACAGAGCGCAAGCUGAAAGAACUCCGGGGGGACUUUGAUGUGAUUUGCCGCGGGCCGGGAACACCGCUCCUGCGCAGCUACGGCGAGCUGGACCAGCUGCCCCUGUCCAAGCUGCACUCGCUCAAGAACCAGCUGCGCAACGACCUCGACCUUAUAGACGGGGUAAUAUAUCAGCUUCAGUCAAAGAAAUGUGUAGUUUGCCAAAAGCAUGACCGAUGCAUUGUGCUGCAGCCUUGCCAACAUUACGUUCUAUGUGAGAGCUGUGCGCCUGGCAAAGCUGAAUGUCCCUACUGUCGAACAAAAAUACUCAAGUGGUGAUGUACCACCAACGCUAAGGUACUAUGUAAAGAAUUUAGCCUAUUUUUGGGUUGGGGGGGCUACUAAUAGAUAUCAAAUUUUGUAUAUUUCAUGAAUGAAAUGAUGUUUGACUUGCAGGGGAUUCGGAUGUUUAGUUUUUGCUCAUUUUACGUGUGUACACGUGUCAUCUCGGCUGCAGAUACUCAAAACUAAGCUACAAUAAUAGCUCAUGGUAUUUCCUGCCCUUUUGGAGGUUUUAUUGUGAGUGCUAUUUAAAGUUUUCUGACAGAACUGAAUGUGGGGAUCUCCUUUAUUAAAUGCACUUAAUCAUUAUAGCCCACACAUUUCAUAAAAACACUGCGGAGAUCCCUUUUAAAUUAUUAUUUUUUUACUAAAGAGAAGAAAACUUAUCUCACUUUGACACCUGAAAAUAAAAGCGUAAAUUCCGGACUAUUGAGCGCAACGGAAUAUUUUUGUACAUAUAUGGGCCGCAGUUGUCUUUUAGGCGUAGGUGUCCACGUAGUAACAUGGGAUAUUUACACAGAAGGACACACUAUAAACCUUGCAAUCCUACCUACACUUGGUGUUCCCACCCUCACUGGUAACCUCCAACGAGACGAGAGUUUUUCAUCAGAGUUCAACAGCUGCCGUGUUCCAAGCAGUCCAAGCAGCACCUGUAGUAAUUCUACACUUGAUCAAACUUACUUAAGAUUUGUCAAAUCAAAACACGAUUGCUGCUUAAGACUUCAAAACGUGGUGUUAGCGUCCACGUCACUACUUAGUCAAUCUGGACUCUAAGCAUUUAUAAGAACUGUAGUUGAAAACUAGUGAAGUUUAAAAAGUAGCGGCUUAUAGUCCGGAAUUUACGAUACACAGUAUACAACCCGAUCUGCAGUCAUUCUAUUGAUCUACAUCAAAGCUCAAUACUGUAAGGCUAUUUUUACCGUAAUGCUGGACACUGAUGUAGGGUUCACUUGAAAAAUAUUACCACCAAAAAAUUACCACCUAAAAUGGGCAAAACUCAAACAGCUAUUUAAUUAAAGAGGGACAAAAUCAAGUAUUCACUCAUUUGUAUUUGGGAGACAAUUACAAAAACACUAUGCAGAUGUAAAAAAAAAAAAAAAAAAAAAGACACUAUCAAACCCAAGUAUCAAAAAGGAAGUCAAAAAGGAAAUUAGCUUCAAGGUAUUUGUUCUAAAUGCAGUGUUCCUCUUUAAGUACAAUACAAACCCAAGUAUUUUGAUUAUUUAUAUUACCAGUCAAGCAUCAUUAUUUUGACCAAUUUCCUGAAGAAUUUCUUAAUUAAAGCACUUUGUUGACAUGGGACUAUUAAAGGGUAUGUAGACAUUUUCUUUCAAGCUGCUUUGUAGGUAUUCUUUUUGUUUUUUGUUUUUAAUUAGCUAUACUUUUUUAUAAAUAUACCUAUAAAUAUAUAUAUAUAUGUAUAAGCUAACACUAUUGUGUGUACUGUGAAACAUCAAUGGAAUAUUUCAUGUUUCCUAUUGCUAAAUCAUGGCAUGGUUCUACAUAUUGAGUUUUAAUAGAGGGAGAGAGGAAAAAAGUAUUUAAUAGUUUCUACUUUCAUAGUUAGAUUUAUAAACAAUUUCAAUCAAAUAAGUGCAAAUUUAAGAUGUGUUUUGGUUGUUUUUGGUUUUGUUUAGGUGUUGUUAGGCAUAACCAGCAGCUGUAAUAUCUGUCAAGGCACAUGCGCUACAUGUCAUUCAAUCAGUUACUUUUUGUAAAGAUUUGUAUGGUAUAGUCUUUAGAGGAGCAUGUAUUGUAAUUGCUAAGGUUUUUCUUGUUUGUUUUUGAGUAGGAAACUAGCCUCUAGAACAUAUCGGCCUCCAGCUUGAAAAGUGCCUUGCUUUAAGCUCAAUUUGUUGUCAGAGCAGGAUUUGGAAAAAACAAACAAACAAACAAAAGCGUUCACAUGAUGACCAUAUGCCACAGUGUAUUUGGCCCAGUCCCAUUGUUUUUUUUCAUUGAACAUUGCCAGUGCCUGUGACUUUAGAAAAGCUCAUUCCUUGGCCGCGGUGCUCCUUCAGUGCAGCUUCACUCUUUGAGAUUAGCUUGUUUUUUUUCUUUAUUUUUUCGGCCAUAUGCAAACAAAGGGCACAUGCAUUUUGUACAGGCUCAUACAACAUCUCAGCAACGAUUUCAGUCCAUUAAGACUUUGACUUUGGGGCAUGGAGUCCGUCUAAUUAAAAUGACCUCCUACUGUGCUUUUGAAAAAACGUCUCUCGCUGUAAAAAAAAAAUAAAAAAUAAAAAAUAAAAUAAAAAUCAUUAAAUAGGACGUAUCUCCAGGUACAAUUGAAAUUGUUUACAUACACACGGACAUGCGAGUAAUAUGGAGACAGGUAUUUUUCUUGCUGUAUUAAAAAAAAGUGGACAUAUGGGGGUGGUUUUAUGGGGUUUAUAGGGACCCUUCCGCUUUUUUUCAGACUUUGGGGAUGUUACAAUGUGGUGCUGACGUCAUCAUGCAUUAUGUGAUUGCGUGUCGCAGUUUGCUGGGUUCUGUAUAAAAGGCACAGAUCUACUGUUGCGACUGUAAUGCGCGGCCUCUGUGAAAGAGAGCCUGCUUUUUAUUGGGCGAGAGCUCCAGAGCCUCAUGAUGUGUUCCAGGAAACUGAGAAAGUGGGAAAUUUCAGGCCUCCUGCGAGGAAAAGUGAAUUGGGACGCUGCUCGAAUUGCCCUGACUAACACACAAACUUUAAAUCAGGGGUGUCCAAUGUGCGGCCCAGGGGCCAUUUGUGGCCCGCGGCACAUUUUAAAAAUACAAUUUAACAAAAAAAUUUAAAAAAUGGGAAAAUCAGCAGUAAUUUGACAAGAAUAUAGUGAAAAUAUUAACAGGAAAAAGGCGUACUGUAAUUAACUAAAAUUAAAUGGGUAAUAUUAUGAGGAAAAAAUAGUGUAAUUUUAGUAGCAUAAGGUUGAAAUAUUUAAGAAAAAAAGACAUCUUUUUUAAAAAGUUGUGAUAUGAGGAAAAACAAAAAAAUGAACGAAUAAAGUUGUAAUUUUUAGGUUUUAGGUUGGCGAAAAAGUUAUAAUGUUACGAGAAUAAAGUCACAGAAUAAAUUAAAUUACGAGAAGAAAAUUUACAAAAAGGAAGGAGAGGAAAAUUAAUAGAAAACACAGCUGUCAUUUUACGAGAAAAAGUCGUAUUCUAACGAGAAGAAUUUUAUGAGAUUAAAUUUUAAAAAAUAAUGUCAUUUUACGAGCACAGAGUUGAAAGAAAGCUGAAAGGAAAAAAAGGUUGGUUUUUGCUUAAAGUCAUAAUAUUAUCAGAAACAAAAAUAAAGAUGUAAUUUUUUGUAAAAUUAGGUUGAGGAAAAAGUUAUAAUAUUUUGGAAAUAAAGUCAAAAUAUCACAAAGAAAAUUUACGGAGAUUAUUCAAGAAGAAAGUUGAAAGAGUUGGGGGGAGAAAAACAGCAAAAAUGGGGAAAAAGAGCGAAGUUUAUACUAAUAAUAGGCUUUUUCACCUUUAUCACAACGCUGCUUUGUCUUGAAGUACGGCAUGUAUAACCUCUUAGCUUAUUGCAAAAUAUGAAAAUGGCCCCUGCAUGUUGUCAUGUUUGGACACCCCUGCUUUAUCUGCAUUUAUGGGUAAUAAUAAAUAGCGCUUUUUAACAAAAAUGUUUACAAAUAGAAAUCUGUGUGGAGAUAUGUCACAACAUCGUCUCCAUAUUUUUUUCAUAAUCGAGGCGCGAGCACGUAAAAGCUCCGACAAAUUCCCAGCAGUCUCGAAUGCAACGUCAAAACCUUUAAGAAAGCCGUUAAGUCAAGUUGUCUGCCUCUGCUGGCCUUGAGGAAGAAUGACAGCACACGAAGCUACCUUCACUCCUUUUUAAUACGGUCUGUAUUUUCAUAAAAAGCUGUCCGGUGUUGCACGAUAUGAUUACCAGCUACAGGAAACGCAUAAUAAUUAAAUAAAAAUGUAAAAAAAGUAACCCCACUGUGUCACACUGCCACUACUGCUACUGCUAGUAAAGCUACUUUUCUAUUUUUAGGAGGCUAUCAUUGGAAUUGGUUGUUCAUCAAUUGUAACUUGUGCCAUCAUUUUUCCCAAAUGAUGUUGCAGAUCUGUACUGCUGUAGAUUGUCAAAGCCUUCUCUCCUUGGCUUUCCCGCGCCAUGCACGGACAGACAGUGUAGCUGGUGGAUGGCUGGCGGUUACGUCGAUCCUUCAUCCUCUUGCCUGUAUAUAAAGAAAGGAAUGAUUGAUGAUGUCUUGAUGCGUCCACGUUAGACAAAUGAACCAAAGUGAUGUCCUCGUAGCUGUCCAAAUGUUCAGAAUAGUCACAAUUCCACAGACAAAAGGAAAUCUUUUUUUUUUUUAAUUAUUAUUAUUUGCUUUGAUAAUUCAUUUAACCCUCUUAACGGCGAUAAAAAAUGGGACUAUGCCAAAAGAUGUCAUUUUGGCUUCUAAAGUCAGCCCAUGUUUGUUGCAGUUUUACCAAAGACCCGUGCUUGUUAUUAUAAUUAGUUUGAUUCAUUCAUUUCAUUUUUCAGUAAGAAACCGAAAAAAAAAUGCUAAAAAGAAAAAAACAACACAAAAAUCACCUUCUACCUUAAAACAAUGUUAAUUACUAAUAGUAAUUAAUUGUUGAGUUGACAGAAGAAAAAAAAAUGCAGUGGUCACAUCUCGACAUAUUGCGAUUUUGUGUGUGUGUGUGUGUGAUUAAUUUCAGUUUGGAAAAAGUGAAGGAAUUUAAUGUGCUGAUGAAGUGGCCAUGUCAACUUUGCUCGUGUUUGGUUUUGCUUUCUUGUCCGCGGUGUAGACGACCGAUGGUUGCACGUUCAUGUCCCGCUACGACGCUGUAACGGGCUUUUGAGCGUCCAUGGCAAAUACAGACUUAAUCCGGAGUUUUUCAUUUGGAACAAAGCACAGCGGUUUGGUCCGACUUAACGGAGCGGUCACAUGAACAUUUGUGCCUUUUUGCAAUUGGAUUGGCGAGAGAGAAAAUGUCAAGUCCCCCUGAAUUUGAUCUCGAAAAAUGGAGUGCCUUAUGAUGCUCAGCAAUUUUCUUACUUCAAAUGGAUUGAGCUAAAAGUGACCAAGAAUGGACUUUUUUCCACGUCUCCACCUUAACGCUACCUGUAUUCGCUAAUAUCCGCAAAGUACGACGAACACGAGGCAUUGAAACAGGUGUUCAGAACAUUCAGAGAGCGAUUUUGCCCAACCGUAAUGCAUGAAUAAAAUUAGAAGUCUGACAAGAACUAGCAUACCAAGCUUACAACGGCGCGCCUUCUCCAUGACUUCCUUGCUGAUGUUCCAUCUAAUGCUAUAAAAAGCUCUUUUUGAGCUUUGAGCUAUAUUCUAUAACAGAAAUUGAAAAAAUGCUGUGGCCAAUUGUGUCUGAAACAUUUAUCAUGGCUAAUUGCAUAGCGCAGAAUGCUAAUGCUAGUGAAAGCUCUCCUUGUGGAGCUCUUGGAUUUUUAAUUUACAUAAAAAUGACUGAUCCCCAUUGUGUCUCUAUUGCAACCACAAGAAACAAUGUGGUUGUUAGCUGCAUAUGCUAAUUUAGCCUAGUUAGCGUGGGGAUAUGCUAGCACUGCUGCCUCGCACCAUCGGUCCUUAAGAGAAAACGAACACUUGGGAGAGACUUCCGUAUUACCAAAAUUACAAAUUUUGCCGAAUCUGUUGGAAAAAACUUCUUGGAUAAUUGCAUAGGUGACAGUGCUAAUGCUAGCGAAGCUCGUCGUGGAGCUCAUGGAUGUUUUAAUUACAUAAAAUUGACUGUUCCUAGUGUGUCAACAGAAACUGCAGGAAACAAUGCGUUUGUUAGGAGAAAACAAUCCAUCCUUCAUCCUGUUUUCUUCAACAUUCCCAUUUUUUUCCAACAACACUACUACUAAAUAAUUAAUCACGCAAAGUUGUCGGUAACAUUUUUUCAUGGCUAACUGCAUAGCCGAGUGUGCUAAUGCUAGCGGAGCUCAUAGUGGAGCUCGUGGAUGUUGUAAUCACAUAAAAUUGAGUGAUCCGAGCGUGUCAUAAUAAUAACAAAGCAGAGACGCAGUUUCUGUCUUUCAAUUAAAAAAAAUGUCUCAGCAUACCUACUUUGGUUGGUUUACAAAAUGUAAAAGUGGCCCCCACAUCCUUUGAUAUAUAUAUAUGUAUAUAUACAGUAUAUAUAUUAUUUUUGUUAGCAUGCGGCCCCUUGGUGGGAAAAGUUGAGACACCGCUGCAUUAGCGAAUACAGGAAGUUACGUCAACGUGAAAAAAGCUUCUAUUGUCCAUCGUCACGGUCUGUAUCUGCCAUCCUAUUCAAGAAAGGAAAAACCAAACAGAAAUACUCCGCCAUUGGGGAGGCAAUCAUACUGUCAACUCCGUCUCGGGAAACAAUCGAAGCACCAAACUAGGAAGAACUUUGUAAAUGAACUGUACUCGGUGUAUAACCCUAAUUCUACAUACUUGGAACCUACAUUUUGCAUUCUUUCUUGUUAUUCUAGUCCGUCGUGUUGUCGUCUUUUUUGUUUUUUGUUUUAUUUUUUAAAUACUAUGAACAUUAGAGCCUGAAGAUUUAUGCAAUCUUGUACCUUGUAUGAUGUUGGAGUCACAAAAAACAGCGCGAGUGUUAAUCUGAAUGUGGAACCAUGUGGACGUUCCAUGUACUGUAUGUAGUUCUUAUUUCUUAACAUUCUGAAGCCCGGGAAAUAUUGAAUGUAUUGUUCUAAACUAGAUAUUAAUGAAGAGGUCACUGGAAUUAAUAUUACUAUUAUUAUUAUUAUUAUUACAGAGCGUUCAUUUUUCAUGUAGCAUCUACUUGUAAACUGAUAUUCAAUAAAAUGAAAAGUAUGUAUAAGUAACUCAACAAUGUUUUCUUUUUUUUUAAAGUUUCGUCAGAGGGAAAUGAGACUUUGUCUUUUUAUUUCCAGGUUAUUAAUGCAGUGAUUUAAUGGAGGAUGUGUUCAAUCUGUGGAUUUAAUGGGUUUUGAUAUUUAGAAAUUAAAAAAUAUAGGUCCCGUUUUGUGACACCAUGUAAGGAUUAUGUAAGAGUUCAACCCGAUAAUCACAAGAAUUAUGCUGUCGGUAUAUUGAUGACGUGUUGUGAACACAGAAAUACCGUAGAUGCAAGUCUUAGAAUGACUACCAGAUUUUUUUUUUCCUUCUUUCUUUUUCUACAUUAAAAAGAUUGUGUAAUGCAUAUUUUCUGUAGUGUAUGACUAGUUUGUUAACACUUGUUAAAUUGUUACACUACAGUGUUGUAAUGGUUUACAGAGUUCACAAAAUUAUUUUUUAUCAUCUUGACAAUUAAACAAAUUUUUCAUCUGC